AUGACCGUCCUCCCGCUGCUUGCCGCGCUCGCUCUCGCCGCUUCAAUCUGUCUCAAAAUCAACAACUUGGCCGUGUACACUUUAGUGUUGCAGAACACAUUCGCAGGCGCCGCGUCCCUGGGCAGCUUGGCCGCCGUGGAGCAACCCCGGAACGAGGUCUCUGUGGUUGAGAAGAGAUUCAAUUGCCAAGGGCGAGGGAACUUCGUCGUGUACGAAUUCGCUAACGAUAAUGGAGGGAGAUCUAUGCUGUGCCUCAAUGGCUACGUUUUGGCCGCAUGCCUGAUCCUUUUCUCAGGUGGAGGCAGCGUCAUUGAAGCGCUCAAGAACAAAGUGACCGAUUGGAUUACCAGCAAGGUUGAGGAUGCGUCAGCCGCUGGCCCUCAGGCAAAAAGGCGUACCGAGACACUUGGUCUGGAGGCGGAUGAUGGACGGGAGAAUCAGCUCUUCACCUGGGCCGAUGUAUAUGCAUACCAAGCCGUCAAUGGUUCCCUUAAAUAUGAGGCUCCUGAAAUCCCGCAGACAACCAGCAACACAGUGGCCGUGACCGCCGGUCAUGCCGCUGCGGAGGUGACAGCGAUUGAGCUCCACGAGGAUGGCUUCUCCUUCACCGGUAUUCCUCUCGACAACGGCGACGGCGAUCUCAGCAAGCGGGCUAAUUGCUAUGAGCAAAUCCAUGUGCACUACUGGGCCAACCACGGCCACUCUUCCACCCUGUUAUCCUCGGCGAAGAUCGGCGACUUGGUCAGGCGUGCACUGAACUAUGCCUACUCCAAGGACUACGAAAAGUCCUGUUUCGAAAUGACAAACAAUGGAAACUGGGAUGGCUUUCUUCGGCGGUAUAACUGGUUCUUGAAUGCUAUUUCCAAGCUCUUCCAGAAGCCCAAGAAACCUGUGGAUGUUGGGAUGAAGAAAGAGAAGAUGAAGGAGACACUCGAGCAGCAGAAAGUCGUGGGGAUUUCCCGCAUCCCCUACACCCUCGCCCAGAUCGGCGGAAAGCCGCACAAGCGACUCCUGGACUUGCACAACAAGUACGGGCCCGUUGUCAGAAUCGCCGACAAUGAGCUCUCGUUCAUCCUUCCCGAAGCAUGGAAAGACAACUACGGCCAUCGCAGCGGAGGCAGACCCGAGAACACGAAGGAGCCACUGGCCAUUCUCGGUAACGAUCACAACCUCUUCGGCGCAAAUCUUGAGGACCACAGACGGAUGCGCCGAGUCCUCUCUCCCGGCUUCUCCAUGCAGGCCGUGAUGGAUCAGCAGCGUCUCAUCUCCACCCACGUCGAUCUCCUCCUCCAAAGACUGCGCGAGCGUUGCGAAGGGGGCGCUCGCCCUGUGGAUAUGGUGGCAUGGUACAACCGCAUUACAUUUGAUGUCAUCAGUGACUUGUCUUGGGGCGAGCCACUGGGAUGUCUUGAGAAAGAGCAAGAUCACCCAUGGAUGGUGGCACUGGGCCCCACGGUCAAGUCCCAGAUGUUUCUCGGACUCGCUAAACGCUUCCCACCUUUCACUGCCUUGUUGAAAGCUUUCAUACCGAAGGAAUUGACUAGGUUGGAACAGGAGAACUUUGCAUUGGCCGCGGCGAAUGUGGAAAAGAGGAUUGCGUUGGACGAUUCGCGCCCAGAUUUCAUGGAAGCGAUGAUCCGCCAAAAAGGGACUAGGGAAAUACAAAAGCAUGAAAUGGUCAGCAACGCCUUCUUGCUUAUGCUCGGCGGCUCCGAGACGUCCGCGACCGCACUGUCAGCAGCCACGUACUUCUUGACGUCUCAUCUAGAGGCUUUAUCCAAGCUCACCCACGAAGUCUUAUCUACCUUCCAGACAGAGGAGGAAAUUAACGUCAACACUGUCCAAAACCUCCCAUACAUGCAAGCCGUUCUGGAUGAAACCCUUCGACUAAACCCGCCUGUUCCUCACUCUUCGCCGCGCGUAGUGCACAAAGGAGGCGACAUCUUCUGCGGGUUCUUUGUACCGGAAGGCACUGUCGUCGGAAUACCCCAAUGGGCAAUGUAUCACAGUUCUCAGAAUUUCACCAUGCCCGACUCGUUCAUCCCAGAGCGCUGGUUGGGCGAUCCUCGCUUCGCCAAUGAUCAAAGAGAAGGCAGAAAGCCGUUUGGAUUUGGGCCGAGGAACUGCAUUGGAAUGAAGUAA